UAAUUGGGUAUAUUAAUGUAAGAAAUGUGUAUUAAAUCUAUUUUUGUGAAUUCUGUGAAACUUUGAAAUGUUAAAACUGUAUUGCUCUUCUGUAUGCCCGUUAAGAGUGCUUGUUUAUUUUUUGUAUCGUUGGGUGCCCUGUUUCGGUAAGGGAACUGUUUGGGUGGAUGUGAAAUUUUGUAACGUUAGGAAAGUAAGCAAACGGUCUCCUUCCACAUUAUCAAGACUGACUGUCACUCAUAAAUUAUUAGCCUUAGGCUAAACAUUAAACUCUUAAAUUUGCAAGACUAUCCCAAUUUUUUUUUUUUUAAGUAGUCCGAAGGGACAUAGAAAGUGUGGUUCUAAAGAAACAAGUAUUGACUUAAUGUGCGCCCUUCACACAUUUUUAAGGUGAUGUUUCUUUGAUAAUGAUUCAUACCAUUGACGUCCCAAACUGUUCACCUAACAAAAAAACACUGGCGUCGUGGUUAGGCCAUCGGUCUACAGGCUGAAAAGCUUGAAGAAGUGAAAUUCAUUUUGGGACCUUCAAAAAGACUUUCUGAUGUUAACAAAAUUUGUAAUCUGCUUUUGGAAUUAUCUGUACAUGAACAUAUUGAGACCAAUGUACAAAAGAAUAUUGAGAAAAUGGACGGGACAACCAGAGAUUCUCCGAAUUACUUAUGCAGAAGCCCCUGGAGCUGCAAGAACAAGGAAGAUUGAAAAAAGUUUCAAAUGGUCAUUUACCCCUCUUCUGAAACACCUAUACACUGCUUUAGAGGUUGAUGUGACUGAAGUGGUUCCACAAGUAAUGGAGUUGAAACAAAUUUUGCCUGAAGUUCAUCCACACUUUGCAGAUACACUGAGUAUUUCAGUCUCUCAGAUAUGUGGUUACAAAAAGUUACUUGCAAAAGUAGAAGCUUUAAGAAAAGAGCGGUAUGAUUCAGAUAAUGAUGAUCAUGAGACCAAACUUCUAAAUCUGUGGGAUCUGAUGAUGCCAGGCACAGAGUUGCAGCAGCGUAUAUGGAAGCAGUGGACCGAGAUUGGUUUCCAAGGCAAAGAUCCACGCACUGAUUUCAGAGGAAUGGGCAUUCUGGGUCUCGAUCAGCUAUUGUAUUUGGCAAAAGUUUAUCCAAACCAAGCAAAACAUUUAUUAUCUCAGUCUCAGCAUCCUCAAUAUGGCUUUUCAUAUGCCAUUGUUGGAAUCAACAUGACUGACAUGUGUUACAACUUAUUGAAAUUAAAAAGACUUCGAGGUCACUUCUACAAUCUAAGAAAUGAUGCACCAGAAUUAUCAGAUUUUCAUGAAGUAUAUUGUUAUGUGUUUGUGGACUUUGUAACCUUCUGGUUUGAUGAAAAACCUAAAGAUAUUAUGGAGUUUGAAAGACUGAAAGACAAGUAUCAGAAAAAAAUGAUGAGGAAAUUGAAAAAUCGUUCAACACUCCUUGUAGCCAACUUUAAAAAAAGAGACAGUUGACCGUUCUUUCAAGAUAUAUUUCAUUUGUCUUAAUAUUCUCAAAAAGAUGUGACCAUUUUGUCAACAUUCUUUGAAUUGAAUAUUUGACAUUCUUUAUGAAAUGAAGGGACUACAUAAACCAAAAUAUUAGUUUUGGUGAUUUAAACGGAGCAAGUGGUUCAUUUUGAAGUCUUUGUGGAUAAAAUAGUUGAUUGCUAGAACUUUUACUUAUUUAUUUGGAGAGAGAUGAUAUCUGUUAUCAUGUUACUAAAGGCUGACCAUUCAUUAGAUUAAUUUCAAGGUAAAAUACCUUAUAUUUAGGGAAUAUCUAAUAUUUAUUAAUUUAAUUUAUGAAAUAAGAAACAAUUAAUUAAUGAGAAACUCAUUUCAUUCUUAAAUAGUUUUUGAAAAACAACUUUAGAAACCCCAACAAAUUAAGCAUGCUCAUUAUGGAUCAAAAUGCUAAAUUUAUAAAAGAUUUGUGAUCUUGUUUGCAAUUUGUGGUAAUUGAGAUCUGGCCAGGUGCAUAUAAAACUUUUUGAGUCUAGAAUCUGAGACUCUUGACACCAAAGCAAUGCCAUACAAAUUGUAUGCAUGUGAUAUCAUUCGAGAUUUGAAUCUAGACUCUUUAAGUUUAUAAGCAUGGACCCUGUUCAGAUUUGAAAAUGUCCAAUUCGACAGGAAUAAUCUGAGAUGAACAUAAUAUUCAGAAAAUACAAGAUGGCAUGUUUAAAUUCCAAACUGUGGGAAAAGUAAUUUGAAUUUAAUACAAUUAUACAUUCCAAAUAAACUUUGUAAGUGCUAUAAAUAAAUAAAUAUUUUUAUGUGAACUGUGACAUUUAUUUGCAAAUCACUCCGAAAAGAAUAAAAUACUCAACAAAUGUAAUACAUUUCUUACAGCACACAUAAUUGUGGUUAUUAGAAUGCAUAAUUAUGUGCAUAACAACUUUGAAAAAUAAUAGUGUUUUCAAUAGCUGCCAAAACUUAAGACACUAUAGUAGAAUCAGAGUGAGAGAGAGAGAGACUACAACUGAUUACACUUUAUGACAGCACAAUACCACUGAGCUACAUCUCGCCCCUUCAUACAUCCAGAUUCCAGUUAAAAUAACUCUUUUUUUUUUCUUUUUUUUUCUUCACUAGAAUUAAUCAAAUUUUCUUAAAACUAAAGUACUGUUAUGUGAAUUAAAAUAGGCUAUGCAGCUUUUUAAUUUGUGCUGGCAUGAGUUCCAUUCCAGAUGUUGGGAAUAUGGAAGUAAGGGAUGUGAAUGGAGAGAGGGUAUCAUAAUUUUUAGCAAAGCUAUUCCUGAACAAGCUUCAUUGUGAAAUUGAAAUUAUGUUUUUAUUCAAUGAUGUUUCUACAUUUGUUAAAAAAUAUAUUUGCAAUAAAAAUGUGUUUUGAAAUAAUUAAAAAACACAAAUUAUUGGU